AUGGUGUUACUGGCGGCAGCCGCUUUCGUAACGGCCGUGUCCCGCGAUACCACCUCUUCGACUACUCUGGAUCUCGUGAUCGGUAGGGCCGAACGCAUUCGCGCCGAAAGCCUUCGGCGAGCGUCGCCCCGCCUCCCGCAAUUUCUCGUGCUAGCUCCGGACGAUGACGGUCAGCCGUACGCCCUGAAGAAGGUCCUGCCAGCCGUGCUGGUAGCCGUGGCCAAGACUAAGCUUAACGUCGUCGUGCAUUACUACGAUACGAAGUGCUCGUCGACCAAUGGCCCGCUCUCCGUGUUCGACUACUACAUCUCCGGACAGGUGGACGUCUUCUUCGGACCUUCGUGCCCCUACGUGCUUGCACCCGUGAUACGAUACGCCUCCGAGUGGGGGCUUCCCCUGUUGACGGCCGCUGGGCAGAACGAGCACUUCGACACCAAGUCCAUCUACUACAGGCUGCUCACUCGCAUGAACGGCUCCUUCUCCAGCCUCGGCCAGGUGUUCGUCGAGGUGAUGCGCCAGUUCGACUGGACCGUCGUCGCUCUAUUGUUCCACCAGUACCGCGACAACUCUAAGGGCCACACGGACUGCUACUUCUCUCUUUCGUCGGUGUUCACCGCGCUCGGAAAGAACGCGACGCACCACUCGUUCGACGAGAACGAGGACUUUCACGAGAUCCGCUCGAUGCUCCGAAAGAUCUCCCAGAAGGCGCGCAUUAUCUUGAUGUGCGCCUCACCAGACACAAUAAGGGCGAUUAUGCUGGCCGCUCUUGAGCUCAACAUGGUGGGCAGCGGAGAGUACGUCUUCUUCUCGGUAGAGCUGUUCAGCAGCCGCAACGACAGUCGGAAGCCAUGGUUCCGCAAGGGUGACUCAGAGGCAAAGAAUGCCUUGGCCCAGAAGGCCUACGAGGCGCUGCUCACCGUCAUCGCGAGAACGCCUGAAACCGAGGACUUCAUCAACUUUUCACAGGAGGUCAAAAAACUUGCACUGGAAAAGUUCAACUUCUCAUUUGGCAACGAGGAGGUAAACAACUUUGUAGCCGCCUUCCACGAGGCUGUUAUUCUUUACUCCAUUGCGUUGAAUGAAACGCUGAGUGAAGGAGGGAGCAUAAUAAAUGGCUCCGAGAUCACCCGUCGAAUGUGGAACCGGACAUUCACAGGCAUCACCGGAACCGUACGGAUCAAUGAGAACGGAGAUAGGGACGCCGACUACUCAAUACUGGACAUGGAUCCAGUGACGAAGGAGUUUCAAGUAGUGGCAAACUACUUCGGAGUGAACAAGAGCUUCAGCGACGUUCCGGGCCGAACGAUCCACUGGCCUGGUGGCAAGCGAGUGCCACCACCCGACACUCCACGGUGCGGCUUUGACGGCUCCAAAUGCCCCGAUGAAGAGCUUCCCAAGUACGCCAUCGUGAGUGGAGUCCUGAGCGGUCUGGUGGUCAUCCUGUGCAUCGUCUUCUUCUUCAUUUACAGGCACUUCAAGCUGGAAGCAGAGUUGGCCUCGAUGACAUGGAAAAUCCGCUGGGACGAGAUCUCGAGCUCACCGCCGGGCCACUUCAAGAAAUUCGGUUCCCGAAUGAGCCUGACGAGAGCCAGCCUCGCUAGUUCGAAUUCAUCAGAUGCUAUUUUCUUCGGCGGUCGGCGCCAAGUUUUUAUUGGAACUGGUUUCUACAAGGGCCAAGUUGUUGCGAUACGACCUUUCAACAAGUUGAAGUUAGAGAUCACACGAUCGCUGCUAAUGGAGCUGAAAAACAUGAAAGACCUGCAGCACGAUCAUAUUGUGCGUUUUCUGGGAAUAUGCGAAGAACCUCCGCACUGCUGCCUGGUCACUGAAUACUGUCCAAGAGGAAGUUUACAGGAUAUUCUUGAAAACGAUGAGAUCAAGCUCGAUUGGAUGUUUCGCUAUUCACUCAUGCACGACAUCGUAAAGGGCAUGGCAUACUUGCACAACAGCGUCAUCCACAGCCACGGAAAUCUGAAGUCCUCGAACUGCGUGGUCGACAGCCGGUUCGUGUUAAAGAUCACCGACUUCGGUCUACACACCCUCCGUUCUUCCGACUCCAACGAGAACCACGACUCUUACGCAUUCUGGAGACGCAUGCUGUGGACCGCACCCGAGCUGCAGCGACGGUGCGAACAGCUGGCCGCUGGAACUCAGAAAGGAGACGUCUACUCAUUCGCCAUCAUCGCGCAUGAGAUCGUGCUCCGGCAGGGGCCUUUCUACCUGGGUCCCUCUGUUCAACUCUGCCCGAAAGAGAUUGUGGCAAACGUGCAGUUGGGUCACAAAGUUCCGUUCCGUCCGCUCCUUGAAGAGGAUUGCUGCAGCGAGGAGCUGGCUCAGAUGAUCAGGAAGUGCUGGGCCGAAGACCCGGCAGAACGACCGGAUUUUCAUACGCUUAAACCUCUGAUUCGAAGGCUCAACAAAGAGAGGCAAGGAGUAAACAUCCUGGACAAUCUUCUAUCACGAAUGGAACAGUACGCCAACAAUUUGGAAAAAUUAGUUGAGGAGCGUACCGCAAGCUAUCUCGAAGAGAAGCGAAAAGCCGAAGACCUUUUGUAUCAGCUUUUACCUCGGUCUGUGGCUAGUCAACUCAUCAAAGGACAAUCUGUGACAGCAGAGUCGUAUGAUAACGUGACGAUAUACUUCAGUGACAUCGUGGGUUUCACCUCCUUAUCAGCACAGAGCACGCCAAUGCAGGUGGUCGAUCUGCUAAACGACCUUUACACUUGCUUCGACUCGAUCAUCGAAAACUACGAUGUUUACAAGGUGGAGACCAUCGGAGACGCCUACAUGGUGGCAUCGGGCCUGCCCGUGCGCAAUGGUAUGCUGCACGCUCGAGAGAUUGCUCGCAUGUCCCUGGCCCUUCUGCGAACAGUGCGUUCCUUCAGCAUCCGCCAUCGGCCGCAGGAACAGCUCAAGCUGCGCAUCGGCAUUCACACAGGGCCUUGCGCUGCUGGAAUUGUGGGCCUUAAGAUGCCCAGGUACUGCCUCUUCGGAGACACAGUCAACACAGCAUCCCGUAUGGAGUCCAACGGCCUACCUCUGAAGAUUCACGUGAGUCCAGCUACAAAGGAAGCGCUGGAAAAGUUCAAGACAUUCCGUUUGGAGCUACGGGGCGACGUCGAACUGAAGGGCAAAGGGACGAUGACAACUUACUGGCUUUUGGAAGAAGUCGAAGACGGCGUUGCCACGAUGGCCAAACCAACGACGGAGACCGGCGAACACCCGAAGGAGACCAAAGUCUGACACGACGGCCCGUAGGCGUUGAUGCAGGAUAACCCGUCUCAGUAGCCCACUGUGGGGCCCACGUUACCGUCUCGAACUAUCCACGACAACGUCGACUGAUCCCAAGCUGCUAAGCAACGCGCAGACCAACUUGCGUUGUAGUACAUGCAUCACGACGUGUAACAAUGUGCACCUCGGGCACACGCGCGGAGACGAGAUCUAUGUUGAGCAUGGCGUACGGAAACAUGGCGGCGACUGCUCAUUCCACUGCCACAUCGCAGCAGCAACCACCGCAGAAUGAUCCGGUUAUCCCUGCAACAGCGAGAAGCGAUGAACAUG